UCUGGAAUCACUCACCGGAAAACACAACAUACACAGCUACAGCUCAAGUCAUCCUCUCACAUAGAAACCACGGUGUAGAGAAACAGAGAACAGGACUUUAAUCGACGUGCGCAUGAUGAGCGCGCACGAUCAACAGGCAUGCGGAAAGCUCCGCCCCCUUAGUUGAAUAACUUAGCGUUUAUCGUUUUUGCCGUUGGUGUGUCUCGGUGAGGAUACACCCUGCUAGAGAGCCGGAGGAGCAGACUAUACUACUACUGCAGUCAUGUCCAACUACCACGGUCCCCAGGCGCCCAACUUUUCCCAGCAUCUGGCCGUGAGUAGGCCUCUGAUGCCAAAGAAACACCCGAUCACCAUCGACUACUCCAUCAGCUCUCGCUCCCUUGGCGUCGGCGUUAACGGGAAGGUCCUUGAGUGCACCAACAAGAGAACGGGGGAGAAGAGAGCGCUCAAGAUAUUGCGUGAUGUUCCAAAGGCUCGACGUGAGGUGGAUCUCCACUGGCGAGUGGCGGCUCACGAGAACAUUGUUAACCUCAUUGACAUCUAUGAGAAUGUGUACAUGGGCCAGCGGAGUCUCCUGGUAGUCAUGGAAUGGUUAGCCCUCUAUAUAUGCACAUGUGUUAACAGUUGAAACCUCUGAAUAAGGGGCACCUUGGGGACGUCGAUAGUGUCCUUUUAAGAGACACUUAAUUACCUCUGUCUUAUUCAGGAGUUGCCCCUUAUUCAGGGCAUGUCUGGUGGGGAGCUGUUUGACAGGAUUCAAAAGAAGGGACAUUUCACUGAGAGAGGAGCUGCAGAGAUAGUUCGUGCCAUCAGUCUUGCUGUGGCUCAUCUUCAUAACAUGCACAUUGCACACAGAGACCUCAAGCCUGAGAAUCUCCUGUACACUGAUGGAGGUGCAGCGGCCAAGCUGAAACUGACAGACUUUGGGUUUGCCAAGGAUGUGGUGGGUCAGAGUCUCAGCACUCCCUGCUACACUCCCUACUACGUCGCUCCCGAGGUUCUGGGGCCAGAGCACUAUGACAUGUCGUGUGACAUGUGGUCUAUUGGAGUCAUUUCUUACAUACUGUGAGCUCACACUCUACUUACAUACUGAUCAUAUUACUUAGUAUGUACAAGUAUAUAGGGAUGGGCAUGGUAUAUGACUAUACUAUUAAGGAGGUAGUGACAGAAUAAGAUGAGGGAGGGGGAAAUGAAGGGAGGGAGUGACACCCAUAGUUGGGGUAGAUUAUUAUACAUAGCUCCAACAUGGUAGAAUCCCUGGGUACAUUUCUACACACAUGCUCCGUAAAAAGGCUGUACGUAUUGUGUAUCGUGUAUUAUCACAGGGUAAGGUAGUGCUUAGUUGUAUGGAUGUAGUAUAUACUUAUCAUGCAUAUUAGUGGGGGAUUAUUGGUGUUGUAAAUUGCUGAUUGUGCAUUGUAAACCGCUCUCACUUUUGUAUUUGUUGGUUGAGGAAUACACACAGUGAAUGAAAGUGAAACCUCUAUCUUUAAACUCGAGUGUUGCAGUGGAUUCUUUCCUUCACAUGAAGGGAUACUCCUUAUUCUAAUAGACUGUCUCUGUGCCUUUCUCUCAAUGCAUGGCUAGAGCACCACUGUGUCACACAAUGUAGACAUGCACUGGAGUAAACCUACAUACAUGUCUACUUUUUACAAACGGAAAACGCACCCCCACCGACUAUGCACACACAAACACACGGACAGACGGACGCUAUCCCCCACAGGUUGUGUGGGUACCCAUACCGUGUUGUACUAUUUUACAAACUGAAAACCAUGCACACACACAUGACCAUGCACACACACAUGCUCACUGCCCACAGGUUGUGUGGGUUCCCACCGUUCUACAGUACUGGAGGAGCUCCCAUUUCUCCAGGGAUGAAGAAGAGGAUACGGCAGGGACAGUACUCCUUCCCUGACCCCGAGUGGACCAACGUAUCCUCCGAGGCCAAGGACCUGAUUCGCGGGCUCCUCAAGACUAACCCGGACGAGAGACUGAAGAUUGACGAUGUCCUACGACACCCCUGGAUAUAUGGCUACCAGAAGGUUCCAGAGACACCGCUGGCGUCGUGCUCAGUCCUGAAGGAAGAGCAAGACAUCUGGAUGGACAUGCAGGACGAGAUGUCGCAUGCACUGGCCACCAUGAGGUUCAAGGAUGAACCAGCCACCAUCAAGCCCAUGGGAGAGUCCAAGAACUCACUCCUCGCACGACGCAAGAAUAAGAGAAAGCACUGAAGACAGCUAAACUUUGUUUUAUACUUUUGCCUCUUAGUAAAACAAUUGAAAUGUGUACAUGAAUUCAAUUUUUGGCGGUAAAUUUUGGCGCGCGCG